GCGCGCGCGCCUCCGCCAAACCCUGCCCAGCCCAGCAGGAGCGCUGGGCGGCCGCCUUGGCCCCGGGUCCUUCUCCUCCUCCUGCCCCGCCUCAGCUCCACCUUCCGCGCUUCCAGGCCUGGCGGGACCCGGAGCGAGAGCCUAGGCAUGGCGGCACCUCCCUCGUCCACCUACGAGGCCUUCGUUGCGCUGCACGGGGCGGCGCUGACCGCCUCUGCCGUCCCGGCGCGCCACUGGCCCAGCCUGUGGCACAAAUUGGAGAAUGAGGUGUUUGAUGCUGGUGAAUAUUUUGGAAUCAUGCAAGUGGAGGAGGUGGAAGAAGAGGAAGGGGGUGAUGAGGACAUGCAAGAAAAAAUGGAAAGGAAAGCAAAUCCAGGGAAUGAGCUCUGCUACAAAGUGAUUGUGACGAAUGAAAAUGGACUUGAAGCAGCAAACCCUAAUAGCAUUUUUCUCAUUGACCAUGCAUGGACAUACCGAAUUGAACACGCCAGCCAGCAGCUGCGUCAGGUUCCUGGUCUGCUUCACAGAUUGGCCAGUUUGAUGGGUAUAGACUUCCAUGGCGAAGUACCAGAUGAGACAGUUGUUGACCAGGUGUUGGAGGAUAUGUGGAAAUACAAUCAGACCUAUCAGCUGUCUCAUGGGACUGCCGAAGAAAAGGUUCCUGUCUGGUACAUUAUGGAUGAAUUUGGAUCAAGAAUCCAGCACUCAGAUGAUCCCUCUUUUGCAAUUGCCCCUUUGUUUUACAUGCCACAACAGAUUGCUUACACAGUUCUCUGGCCCUUAAGAGACCUUGAUACUGGUGAGGAAGUAACCCGUGACUUUGCCUAUGGGGAAACGGAUCGUUUAAUCAGAAAAUGCCGGCUUUUACCAUGGCUACCAGGAGUGUUUCAAGAUAUCAACCACUUUAUCAGGGAGCCAUCAGAUGAGCAUUACCAGACAAUUUUAGAUGAAAACAAAGAAAAACUACCAAUUUCAAUAAAGCUUCCUAUGUAUGACACAGAUAAAGUUUUCAAAGUUUAUACGGACCUUCAGCAGGUGCUUCAGAAUUUGACUCACUCACGCUUUGAAUUUACUGAUGCUGAGCAAGAGGCGGAUAUACUCUACAGCUUUUCUCACUUCAAAGAUUACAGGAAACUAAGUGAAGAAAGACCUCAUGUGAUGCUGAAUCAGUUUCCAUGUGAGAACCUCUUGACAGUGAAGGAUUGUCUAGCCUACAUCUCAAGACGGGUUGGAGGCUCUGAGGGGCCAAAAUGGUUGCCUCAUACUUUUAACCUUCUAACAGAAUUGCCGCAGUUCAUCAGUUACUUUCAGCAGCGUGAGAGAAGAGGAGAAGACAAUCAUUGGAUAUGCAAGCCCUGGAACCUGGCCAGGAGUCUGGACACUUAUGUCACCAAGAGCCUUCACAGUAUCAUCAGGCAGAGAGAGAGCAGCCCAAAGGUGGUGUCUAAGUAUAUUGAGAACCCUGUGUUGUUUCAUCUGGAAGAUGUUGGUCUGGUUAAAUUUGACAUUCGUUACAUUGUGCUUCUGCGAUCAGUGAAACCGCUUAAAUUGUAUGUUUAUGAUGUGUUUUGGCUACGAUUUUCAAAUCGGCCUUUCUCACUUGAUGAUUUGGAUGACUAUGAGAAGCAUUUUACAGUCAUGAACUAUGCGCCAGGGGUACCAUUAAAACAAAUUCACUAUGACCAGUUUAUUCCCCUCUUUGAGAAACAGUAUCCUGAGUGUUCUUGGAAAUCCGUUGAAGUAAGUCACUAUCAAUUAAGUGGUAUAAUUUUUCAUAUUUUGUUAACAUUCUUGGAACCAUCAUACUGAUUCAGUGGCUUGUGAGC